UCAUGGAUGACAUGACUGUACUGUUGAACGACGGCAUCAAACGCGGUGUCGUUCAGCCAAUCGAGCGAACAGUGUUCCAGAAGAAUGAGGCCGAAGACGCCUUCCGAUACAUGACUACUGGCAAACACGUCGGCAAAGUUCUCAUUAAAAUCAGAGACGAAGAACGAGACAAAGUGACACUCAAUGUAAACCCGAUGACAGUGGAGGCGACUACCAGAACGUGGUUUCAUCCCUCAAAGGUUUAUAUCAUAACCGGAGGUCUGGGAGGCUUCGGUCUGGAGCUGUCGUAUUGGAUGGUUCUUCGAGGGGCCAAAAAAUUAGUGCUCACCUCCAGAACGGGUGUCCGCAGUGCUUACCAACAGUUGUAUUUGAAACGCUUCCGUAAAUUCGGUAAACUUAUCGAAGACUAUAAGAUCGAUAUCACGGUCUCGACGGUGAACGCGACCACAGAAGAGGGCGCACACAAACUGAUAGACGAGGCGUCGGGCAUCGCUCCGGUGGGC